GUCCACCCGUUUUGUCCGAAUCCAUCCAAGGCACAAUCGGCCGUUUGCCUUGUAAUGUGACGCCGCCCAUUUUGGAGGAUCGCGUUGCAUUGGUAAUUUGGUUUAAAGUGGGUCUAAAGACGCCCAUUUACAGCGUCGAUACGCGCGACUCAAACUUUUCAGAUGGCACUCACUGGUCCGAUGAAACGUAUCGCGAUCGUUUGUCCUUCUCGGUGGAGGGACGUUCUGGGACAUUGGCAAUUAAGAAGACGCGGCAAGAGGAUACGGGCGAGUAUCGUUGUCGUGUUGACUUUCAAAAGAGUCCGACGCGAAACUCGAAAGUGAAUUUAACUGUCAUAACUCCACCCGAAUCAAUAAUCAUACUGGACAGCAAAGGUGCGACGAUAAAAGACUACAAAUUGGGCCCUUACAAUGAGGGUGCGGUCAUUAAUAUCACAUGUGUGGUGGUUGGAGGACGACCACAACCGAAAGUUACCUGGUGGAGUGGGAACAAAGAGAUCGACCAAUCAUCUCACCCGCUGUCAGAUCGGCGAGUCGGCAAUAUACUGACGUUGGGCAAACUGACACGUGAGAAUCUACACAUGCAGCUUACCUGUCAAGCGGCCAACAACAAUCUGACGAUGCCAAUUACCAGCACCGUCACACUUGACUUGAAUUUACGCCCGUUGAUUGUAAAAUUGGAUGGCGAAAAUCGGCCUUUGUCGGCUGAUCAUUCGUAUCAGCUACAUUGUAAUGUUAUCGGCUCACGUCCAGCGCCGACGAUUACUUGGUGGAAAGGCAGCACGCCGAUGAAGAAUACACAUGAAGUGGCAAAUCCGGAUGGUAAUAUGACAACGUCAAUAUUGACUUUUACGCCAACCAUUGACGAUCGUGGCAAAUUCCUGUCAUGUCGUGCCGAACAGAGUAUGAUACCGGAAUCGGGAAUGGAGGACGGUUGGAAAUUGGAUAUUUACCACAUACCCGUCGUCAGCCUGGAGCUCGGCACCAACUCAAUAAACUCAACAUUUCGUGAAGGCAUCGACGUUUUCUUCGAAUGCAAUAUAAAAUCGAAUCCGUGGGUGUAUAAAGUCAGUUGGCGACACAAUGGCAACAUACUCGAAAACAAUCUCGCCGAGGGAAUUAUAGUGGCCAACCAAAGUUUAGUGCUGCAAAACGUCAGUCGCGCACGCGCUGGCAUUUACACGUGCGUGGGCAGUAAUCGAGAAGGUGAUGGUGAGAGUAAUCCGGUGCAUUUGGAUAUUAGAUUUGCGCCCGUUUGCCGACCAGGACAACGUUUCGCCUACAGUUCCGGUCGACAUGAGAUGGUUAAAAUAGCCUGCGAAAUUGAGGCAAAUCCAAUGGAGGCAACAUACAUCUGGAAAUUCAAUGCAACACUCGGCGAGACUAUCGACAUACCGGCAUCACUCAUCGCUGUGGAUCGUGGACGUAGCAUAGCGCACUACACGCCAAUGACGGAGAAUGACUAUGGCACUCUGUUGUGCUGGGCGAGCAACGAAAUUGGCGAUCAAAGUGAGCCGUGUGUUUACACCGUUACACCAGCAGGCGAACCGGAUCCAUUGGUUAACUGCACGCUACUCAAUCAAACGUCGACCGGCUUUCAGAUUGAAUGCAUCGAAGGCUUCGAUGGUGGCCUGCAGCAGGAUUUCAUAAUGGAAGUGUAUGUGAACGGAACGACACGCCAUCCGAAAAUUUACAAAUCAAAAACACCAUAUUUUGAGGUGCGAGGAUUGGUGCCUGGUGCCGGUUACAAUGUGUUCCUGGUGGCACACAACACAAAAGGCCGCAGUAAUGCGACCAUCCUGCAAGUCUAUACCCUCAAGGAUCCGGAGAAACAAACGGUCGUUAUUACUUACAAAAAGGGUGACUUUCAAACAUCACCACGCUUUUAUGAACACUCAACUAUAACUAGUAUUUUAACAACACAAAUCUACAACAGUACAAUUACUAAAACUAUAACAAAUAAAAAUCUUUCACUCGCCUAUGCACCCGUAAUCGAGGAUAUCCGGCCAUUUAUCGGCAUACUAGGCGGCAUUGUGGUUGGCAUUUUUGUGGUGGCGCUCGUAAUUGUCAUCAUUGUUCGUAUGCGUGGCUCAUCGGGACGCGAUCGCAAUAAUUACUCGCAUCCAUCGACAGUGGGUAGUGGGCGUGGCAAUAAUAAUAAUGGCAGCCUCAGCAUUGGUACUCUACACAAUGGGCAAUCAAUACAGGAUAUACGCAUCGGUCGGGAUACUUGCCAUGUGACUAGUAGUCUCGAUAGUAUAGACAAAAAUCCGGAUAUUAUACCGCAAGACGGCCGUGACGAUGAUGAAGAAUGGACCACAAAGGGACAUAAUCGCGCUUAUGCCACAGCGGCUUUAGCGGAACAGAAUGCCGUCAUCACCUCCUCGACGUAUGAUCACCUAAUGCCAACAUAUGCUGUUGUCGAUAAGAAGUCAGCGGCGAAUCAUUUGCAACAAUUACAACAGCAGCAACUACAACAGCAGCAACAGCAACAGCCACCGCCACAUGGUCAGUAUAUACAUUACAAUGCGCUGAUACCUGUAAGCAAAAUGGGUGGUUAUGCCCAACAGCAACAGCAACAACAACAGCAUCAACAGUCGCAGCAGCAACUAAAUAAGACUGAUUUAACCUACGCCGAAUUAGCUGGCCCUGGUAGUGGACCACGCAUGACGCCCUAUUGCAGCGCCACAUUGGGUCGUCCACGACAAACGGAAUUGAAGCGAGCCGAACCGAAUAUCUAUUCACAGGUAAUAAAAAUGAUGGACGAUGAUAGUCCGACCGAAGAAAUUGCCAUUGAAUGGCCUAGAACCAUAAGAACAACAAUACCAACACGCACAACAUCUACAAGCAGCUUACAUCCAUUAGUACAAGCAGCGGCAGCAACAACAACGGCUGUAGCUUACGUGGCCGGACGUUCGACAAGGAUUGAUUUGGCUCAUCAUCCGAUGUAUUCGACGAGUCCCAUGUUUGGUGGACAGACGACCAUUACUGGUGUCACCAUGUCACAUCCCUCACAAUUGGCUACAUUCACACCGCCACCACCUCUAUUCACGCAUAAGGUGAUUAGCGCUGCGCAGUCGCAGUCGCUGCCACCAAACGUUGCAGCAGUGCCGGUAAGCAGUAAUGGUUUAUUGCAGACAGUAACUGCUGGUGGCGGUUUGGUGUGUAUGGGUAUGCCACCACAUUCAGCAGCAGCAGCAGCGGCGGCAGCAUCGAUGUUGUGUGCGGCGCAGCAACAACAAGCACAUUCACCACCAACGAGUGUCAAUGGUAUGACAGUGAGCGGUUAUGGAGAUGUGAACCCCAGCCCGGGCAUACUGAAAACGGUCCCAGAAGAGGUACAUCAUCAAAUUAACGGUGAGGAUGUGCUCAUCACAAAGGAUCGCAAUCAUGCUACACGCUUUUGACGGUAAAUUACAAUUAUUGAGACGCUAGAAAUGGCGCAAUAAACGAAUGAGCCAAAACCAACACAGGAUGCAAAUAAGAAGUAGCAACAAAAUAAGCAUGCAAAAGCGAAAAUGUUAACAAAUAUAUAAGCAGAGUAUGAGAAAUGAGAGUGUGAAAAAUAACUGAAUAAAGAGACUAUAAUGGAUUGUGAUGAAAAUAAAUAAAUCAAAUAAGGAUAUUAGUGAAAGAAAUAGUAAUGAAAUGAAAUGCAUUGAUUCUACACCAAACAUUGCUAAUUAUAUAUUUUCCAUAUAUAUAUAUAUAAAUCAUAUAUGUCAAAACGAAACACACACGCACUUUUUAGUAACACACAAACCAAGAAUUAGCAAACCCUAUAAGAAAUUGAAUUUGAAGUGAGUGAAAAUUUGAGAAAAGUUAUCAAUACUUUCAAUACUUGAUAAGUUAACAAAUGGUUAGCGGUACAUACUCUUCUGUGAAGGCUCAUGGUCUCGAACUUAGGUCAUCGCAAUAUAAAAAACUAUAAGUACAUAAUUUAAAAAUAAUUAUUUUUCAACUGC